UACAUUUGAGGAACAUUGGGUCAAAUUGGGACGUGGGUGACAAGAGUGAGGGUUAGAGAGACAACUCACCAUCUCAUUGAGCAGCUUGGAGGAGGCUGGUUUUUAUCAGCCUCUAAAGGGAUGUUCCUGAGCGAGCAGCUGGCAUGAUCUUGUGAACACACCCAUUGAGAUGAACAACAUUGAGGUGAUUCAUCCAACGAACUCAGAGCAAGUAGCAGCCCACUUCCAAUUGUCAUGGCAACAGCAUGUGAAUGUAUUGGGCUGUAGGAGCAGGCUGUAGGAGCAGGCUGUAGCGUAGAUGUAGGAGUGCUGCAUUGGAAGCCACAGCUCUAUCUCCUGAGCCAGCUGUGAGGUAACAUCCAGAUGAAGGAAUUGUGAAACUCUGUUCUCUAAAGAGGACUCAUCUCUGCUCAGCCAAACAGCCUGUGAUCUACCUGAUGUCUCAGGCCUGUCUCUGAUGUCAUGGAGAACAGGGCCCUGAUGUGUACCAGUCAGGCCUGGAAGGGGCCCAAAGGGUCCACCUUCUCCCCCAACUGGGACAACACAUCAUACCAUCCAAACAUCAUGAUGUCCCCUUGUCCUGACGUGGUGAAGUCCCCAUGCCAGCAUGCUGCCAAGAUAUGCCACCCCCCAGAAGCCUCUGUGACCUCCCAGUUCCAGCAGGUUGGCCCCUAUGCCUCCACUGGAUUGUCUGCCAUGGCUAACACUGCCAGUAGAAGGGGUGAAAGGGAGUGUUAUAUAGUCAAUCCCAUUCAAAAUGAGGAGACAGUCCUGCCAGUACACAACCCUGAGUUUCGCGGACGCUCCUUCUCUGCAACCACUGCCUCAAACUCAAUUACUUCCAGAAGCAGAUGUGACAGCUACGUCCACCUAUGCCCUGACAACAGCUCAGAGGACAUUAGUAGAGGCGACAGCUCCCCGUUGAGCCCAGACGUCUCCCCUGAUCACGGUGGUCCACGGUCGCGGUCCCACAGCAUCAUCCUGAGGAAGACGAAGAGGAGGCCGGCGCCGCCAACCCGUAGCGUGUCCCUGAGGAGAGACUCCGCCCACCAGCUCAGAGACAACAGGACCAAGAGCCUCUACAUGGACAGAGACAAAGCUACCCAAGACUCCUUCUUGCCUGACCUCAUCCUCAUCUCCACACCCAGGACAGAGGAGGAGCUGGGCCUGGAGCAGUCCCCUGCUCAGCCUGUACAGGCUCUGGUUGGGCCACCAGUCACCAACAAUGGGCAGCUACGUGAAGUAAGAUCUACUGACCCCUGCUCUUCCAUGUCAAGCUCAGGUCCUGCUAUGGGUAUUACUGGAAAUGAGCACAAAAAAGCCCCCAGCUGGUCAGAAUCGGUCAGACCCUCUCCACCCUUGCGACACCCUCCAUCUCUAACUUGUAAACAGUCCCCCUUACAACCACCUGCCCCAGUCUCCCCCUCCAAUGGCCAGUCCAGCUCUCAGUGUGAGACUUCCCCCACUCCUAUCCUCACGUCUGUCAUCACUGGACCUUCCCCCCUGGGCUGCAGGAUGCGCCCCAAGUCCUCCACCUCACCCACCUCCCCCAGAGCCAGCAACAGCAGGCUGCGGCUGUCCCUGGAGUUGCCAGGGAUUGUCCCUCUCCCAGACCCGACGUCGGUCAAAUCUAAAGCCACGCGGCGUCACUCCGAGUCCUCUAGCACUACCAAACCCAGACAGAGGCUGAGCUCCAGCAUGAUGGUGAUGCCUGUGGUGACCCAGGAGGAUCUCAGCAAUGUGCGUUUACGUUCCGUCAGCAGCUCAGAUUCUGACAAAGGCCUGGAGGGCUCACCUGAAGUCAUCAGGGAAGAGGAGCUGGAACAGGAGCUGGUGAGCUGCCCACUGGUCCACCACAGUCCUAAAGCUAAACCACUUGUUGCUACUAAGCCACCUGCACACAAAUGGCCACCGAUACAUAUGGCAAAGUCCUCCUCAGGCUCUACACAGUUCUCAGAGACCCUUACAGCCUCACCAAGAGAGAGCCAAGGGGACAUGUUUAUGGUGGAAAGAAGAGCGAAGCCUAAGAGGUCGCACCAGCCUCCUCCUCGUGUUGUCAGUGAUGGGGUUAUGGUUGAGAGGCAGCAAGCUGUACACAGGCAACAGUAUGAUGUGACUGACUCACACCCACCACCCGCCUCCUGCCAUUCAGAGACCAGGAACGUGAGAAGGACCUCUCCCACCAGCACCACAUCUCUUCAAGCUGAACUAGAUAGGAAGAAGAAGUUGGUUCCCCCUCCAGUCGCAAAGAAACCUGAUGUCCUCUUCAUGCCCUCCAUCAGCUCACUGGGACAGGAGAGCACCAGGAGCCAUGUCUGGUCUGGGCUCAGUGGUGCUUACCAGGCUCCUGCCAGUGCAUACCAGCCUCCUACCACUGGUUACCAGGCUCCUGCCAGUGCAUACCAGCCUCCUACCACUGGUUACCAGGCUCCUGCCAGUGCAUACCAGCCUCCUACCACUGGUUACCAGGUUACUGCCAGUGCAUACCAGCCUCCUACCACUGGUUACCAGGCUCCUGCCAGUGCAUACCAGCCUCCUACCACUGGUUACCAGGUUACUGCCAGUGCAUACCAGCCUCCUACCACUGCUUACCAGGCUCCUGCCAGUGCAUACCAGCCUCCUACCACUGGUUAUCAGGCUCCUGCCAGUGGUUAUCAGUUUCCUGCCAGUGUUUACAGAGACAGAGACUUUACUGGACAAGAUUGCAACCAUAACAGGAUAAGAGAUGGAUUUUUCCUAGAUGAAAACAGUGAAGAGAGGAGGGCAAUGCCCCAGAUGAGAACACUGUGCUUCGGGGAGCAGGAGGAGGAAGAGUUAGACCACAACUCCUCACAGCCAACUACUGAGGACCUAUUCACCAUCAUACACAGGUCAAAGAAGAAACUCCUGGGUCGUAAAGAAACAGCUGACAGCACGGGGAGCAGGCAGGGUUAUGGAUCCCCCAUUAAAGGCACCCAGAGGGUUGUCCAGAAGUCAAGCUCCAAAAAUGACAACUUCAUGGCUUUUCUGCAGAGGAGGAGGAGCAAUAAACCCAGCUCUGGGGAGAGACUGUCAGCCUCUGAACUACUGAAGAAUACUAAACCAUUGCCCGGCCAACCGUAGAGCAUCAAACAACUCCAAUGUUUAUGUUUCUCAAUGUGUAACAAACACUUUUCACUCAAUAUGGAGCAUGCGAGUAUUGUGGACAAUCAGGGACAGAAGGAAAAGGCUACUGUUUAUAUUGCUUUACGUGCUAGAGUACACCGACAACUUGUUUCUGUGACGGCAAUACAGUGUAUAGAGGUCAUGUCUAACUGGAAAUAUGACAGUGUUGGCCAGCUGUGUUUUGCUUAUGAGCUGAGACAAUCUAUCAUGUCAAUACAUCUUUCUUGCCUUGACUUGUGAUGCGUACAACAUUUGUUUUUGAGCUGCCAACAUUUGUGCUUUUGGUCAUGUAUUGCUCAGAAAUUAAACAGAGCUGCUUGUG